AUGGCGAGAAAGCUUCCGCUUGGAGACGAGUUUUUACGACUUUUAAAACUCCAAUAUCGCAAAGAGAAGAGCGAAGGAAGGUUACAACUUCUUACCCCCGUUGAAAGGCUAUGGUAUCGGUUCCAAAGCGAGUUUCGACAAUUUACUGUCUCUACAUUAAGAUGGCCAGGUGAUGAGGAGUAUACAAUACUCUCUCGCGAGAUAUCCUACGGCAAAUGCCAGCCACUCUAUGGCAAACAAAAUUACGCCCAACUUGUGGUUCCUCAGCCAAAAUGGACUGUUCCAGGCAUUGAGCUCGAUCCAGCUUUCGCUUCAGACCUCGCUGAGUUUCUCAAAGCUCACAGUUUAGAGAAACGAAUCUCAAUCAUUCCGAACCCUUCCGACAGAGGAUUUCAUCGAGUUCACACAUCCUAG